AUGUGGCUGCUUGUUGCCGGGCUGGGGCUCCUUCUCGCCGCGGUGUGGUACGUUUGGUCUCCGUUACCUCCGGGAGUGUGUGAGCCCGGGAAGCUGAGGCUGCUGGAUGCGCUCUUUCGAUCCUCCAUGUCCGCGGCGGAGCUGCUCCACGUCCUCGGCCUCGUCCACCGGGUGCAGGUGCUGAAGACCCUGGUGUCUCUGGUGGAGGAGGUCCCGGCCCGUUCCUGCCUCUUGCUGGAUGUGAGGGACACGUCUCUGGGGGGUGUAUCCACGCGGGUCUUCUCCCCAAGCGGAGGAGCAGCACUGAAGAGGGCCGUGCUGUACUUCCACGGAGGAGGCUGGGCCUUGGGAAGCGCCCGGAUGCGCUCCUACGACCUCCUCUGCCGCAGACUCGCUCUGGACCUGGAUGCAGUCAUCAUGUCUGUGGAUUAUGGCCUGGUCCCAAAGUGCGUGUUCCCGGCGCAGUACCAGGACGCGCUGUCGGCUUCGCGUGCCUUCCUCAGCGCACACACGUGGGACACAUACUGCCUGGACCCGCAUCGACUCGGCAUCUGUGGGGACAGCGCUGGCGCCAACCUGGCAACUGCCGUAACACUAACUCUAUGCACUGAGGCUUCCUUGUCCGCCCGCUUCCGAGUCCAGGCCCUGGUCUACCCAGUGCUUCAGGCCUUGGACUUCCAGACCUCGUCGUACCAGCAGAACCGGGCCGUGCCAAUCCUGCACCGGCCAAUCAUGGUGCGCUUCUGGCUGCAGUAUUUGGGCGUGGACCCCAGCUUGGAGACCGCAGUGCUGAAGAACCUGCACAGCUCAGAGCUGGACAAGACCACGCGGCAGAAGAUCGACUGGACUCAGCUGGUGCCCGGCAGUAUAAGGAAAAAUUAUCAGCCGGUUGUCGUGGAUACGACCACAAAGGUGGCGCUGCCCUCAGUCUUCCUGGAUCCCCACGCCUCUCCGCUCCUGGCUGAUGACCACACCCUCCGCUUGGCACCGCCCACAUUCAUCCUGACCUGUGAACACGACGUGCUCCGUGACGACGGCUACAUGUAUGCGCACCGGCUCACCCGUGCUGGUGUUGCGGUCACCAGUGAUCACUAUGGCGACGGCUUCCAUGGAUGCAUGGUGUUCGCCAACCGCCCCAUGAUGUCGUCCGUGGGGAGGAGGAGCGAGGCAGGGCUCGUGCGCUGGCUGCACCACAACCUCUGA